AUGCUGACGGCGGUCUGCGGCUCCCUGGGAUCCCAGCCCUCGGACGCGCCCCGCGCCUCCCCGACCCACCUGGACCUGCAGCCGCUCCAGCCCUUCCAGCCGCACGGCCCCGCCGCCCCGGGAGCCCCCGACUUCGCCUCCCCGCUGCCCCCCCCGGAGCUGCCGCUGCCGGGGCCCGACGACUCGGCCUUCGCCGCCCCCGGCGCCUACGAGCCCCAUGGCCCCCCGAGGUUAGAGCUGCCCCCCGACGGCCCCGCCGCCCCCGGCGCCUACGCCAAGCUGCUGCCGGCCCCCCCGGACAUGGCGCACCCCUACGAGCCCUGGUUUCGGCCCCCCCACCCCGGCGCCCCCGGCGAGGAAGGAGGGGGCGUCAACUGGUGGGACCUCCACGCCGGGGCCAGCUGGAUGGAGCUGCCCCCCGGGCAGGGCGGGGGGCUGCAGGUACCCGCGCACCCCGGGCUACCGCCGGCCCUGGGGGGGUACGGCCCCGGGGGGGAGCACCAGCUCUGCGCGCCCCCCGCCCACCUCCUGCCGCCGCCGGCGCAGCAUCUCCUGGGCGCCGAGGGGGCGAAGGCGCUGGAGGGUCCCCCGGAGCCGCGGGGGCCGGAGGCGGAGGGCGGGGGGCGUCCCAAAGGCGCCCGGCGGGCCGUGCCCAGGGGCGGGGGGCAGGCGGCAUGUCGCUGCCCCAACUGCCAGGAGGCCGAGAGGGGCGGCCCGUGCCCCGAGGGGGCGAAGCGCAAGCACCUGCACAACUGCCACAUCCCGGGCUGCGGGAAGGCGUACGCCAAGACCUCCCACCUGAAAGCCCACCUGCGCUGGCACAGCGGCGACCGGCCCUUCGUGUGCAACUGGCUCUUCUGCGGCAAGCGCUUCACCCGCUCCGACGAGCUCCAGCGGCACCUCCAGACCCACACCGGCGCCAAGAAGUUCGCCUGCCCCGUCUGCGGCCGCGUCUUCAUGCGCAGCGACCACCUGGGCAAGCACAUGAAGACCCACGACGGGGGCAAGGACGGGGCCGAGCCCGAGGGGAAGGGCGCCGGGGACCCGUCGGCCGCCAAGGGAGGAGGCAAGAGGGAGCCCGAGUGGGGCAACGCCGCCGCCCCCACAAACUGAGCCGCUGAGCCCCGGGGGGGGGGGACACACACACACGGAUGGA